AUGGCAAAGGAAAACUAUUCUUUGACAACUGAGUUUAUCCUCGUUGGAUUUACAGAUCAUCCAGUACUGCAGGUCCUUCUGUUUCUGGUGUUCUUCGUUAUCUACCUGGUCACCAUGGUGGGCAACCUUGGGCUGGUGGUAUUGAUACUGAUGGAACGUCGCCUUCACACACCAAUGUACAUCUUUCUGGGCAACCUUGCUCUAAUGGAUUCCUGUUGUUCCUGUGCUAUUACUCCCAAGAUGUUAGAGACCUUCUUUUCCAAGGACAGAAUCAUCUCCCUCUCUGAAUGCAUGGCACAGUUCUACUUUCUCUGUCUGGCUGAAACUGCAGACUGCUUUCUCCUUGCAGCAAUGGCCUAUGACCGCUAUGUGGCCAUCUGCAACCCACUGCAAUACCACACGCUGAUGUCAAAGAAACUCUGUGCUCAGAUGGCCAUAGGGACCUUCCUAGCUAGCAAUGCUCAUUCCCUGAUCCAUGUAGGUCUGCUACUAAGACUCACUUUCUGCAGAUCUAAUCAACUUGACCACUUUUUUUGUGAUAUUCUCCCAUUAUACAGGCUCUCCUGUACUGAUCCUUAUAUAAAUGAACUAAUGAUAUAUAUUUUCUCAAUGCCAAUUCAAAUAUUUACCAUUUCCACAGUCUUGACCUCUUAUAUUUUCAUCCUUUUCACAGUUUUCAAAAUGAAAUCCAAAGAGGGAAGAGGUAAAGCACUUUCAACAUGUGCAUCCCACUUUCUGUCUGUUGUAAUCUUCUACAUUUGUCUUCUCAUGUAUAUUCGACCAUUUGAAGAAGGGAAUAAAGACAUACCAGUGUCCAUUUUUUAUACAAUAGUAAUUCCAUUACUAAACCCCUUUAUUUAUAGUCUGAGAAAUAAGGAAGUGAUAAAUGUUCUGAAAAAAAUUAUGAGGAAAUUCAUAAUAGCUAAAACCUGG